CAGGCUACUGAUUUCGUCCUGGGCACAGGGCAGGUAAGACACGCGGGAGAGAACAUAAGAAGAGUGAACACCUUUUUUAGGUGCUCAGCGCAUACCAAGCGGCGAUGCAACAGAUUUGUGCAGGUUUUUAGGUGGAAUAUUUUUGUCCAUUUAUUGGAUCCAUUUUUGGAGGGGGAAUGGCAUGUCUUAUGGCAGCAUUUUCUGUGAAUAACGCCACUGUCACUAACUCCAUCCUAAUGAACACCAAUGGGCCUCCUGAUCUGAUGCUGGACCCCAGGACUGUAUGUGUAUCUCUUGAUGAAGUGGUAUCCAAUCAUUUGAGCAGUCAACAUACUCCAUUAUUAAAUGGGCAUCUCAAGAAAGUGGAGAACAGUCUAACUGAAGCCCAACGUUUUUCCUACCUGCCACAUCGACCAGCAGUUAACAUUGAAUUCAAAGAUGUCAGCUACUCAGUUCCAGAGGGACCAUGGUGGAGAAAGAAAGGUUACAAGACUCUGCUGAAAGGGAUCUCUGGAAAAUUCACCAGCGGCUGCCUGGUGGCCAUCAUGGGUCCCUCAGGAGCUGGGAAAUCUACGCUGAUGAACAUUCUGGCCGGCUACAGAGAGACCGGGAUGAAGGGGGAGAUCUUGAUCAAUGGGCAGCCUCGUGACCUACGCUCUUUCAGGAAGGUCUCGUGCUACAUCAUGCAGGACGACAUGCUUCUGCCUCACCUCACAGUACAGGAAGCCAUGAUGGUGUCUGCUAAUCUGAAGCUCCAGGAAAAGGAUGAGGGCAAGAGAGACAUGGUGAGGGAGAUCCUGACGGCCCUGGGCCUGCUUGAGUGUGCGAAAACCCGAACGUCACAUCUAUCAGGGGGGCAGAGGAAAAGGCUGGCUAUCGCCCUGGAGCUUGUCAACAACCCUCCCGUCAUGUUUUUUGACGAACCCACCAGUGGCCUGGACAGUUCCUCCUGCUUCCAGGUGUUGUCUCUGCUGAAGGCCCUGGCCCAUGGUGGACGCACCGUCAUCUGCACCAUCCACCAGCCCAGCGCCAAGCUCUUUGAGCUCUUCAACAAGCUGUAUGUCCUUAGUCAGGGCCAGUGUAUCUACAGAGGGAAUGUACCUAACCUGGUCCCCUAUCUUAGAGAGCUGGGGCUCAACUGCCCAACGUACCACAACCCUGCAGACUUUGUGAUGGAGGUGGCGUCUGGGGAGUACGGAGAUCAGACGGCGCGUCUGGUGAAGGCCGUGCAGGAGAGGAAAUGUGAGCAGGUCUACAAGACAGACAUGAACAAUGGACCCCUCAAUCCCUUUCUGUGGCACAAAUCAUCUGAGGAGGACUCCUCUUCCAGUGAGGGCUGCCACAGUUUCUCGGCCAGUUGUCUGACUCAGUUCUGCAUCCUGUUCAAAAGGACGUUUCAAAGCAUUAUUAGAGAUACGGUGCUGACUCACCUAAGAAUCUGCUCUCACAUUGGAAUUGGGAUUCUGAUUGGCCUGCUCUACCUGGGCAUCGGCAACGACGCCAAGAAAGUGCUCAGCAACUCUGGCUUCCUCUUCUUCUCCAUGCUCUUCCUCAUGUUUGCUGCUCUAAUGCCUACUGUUCUGACCUUCCCUUUAGAGAUGGGAGUUUUCCUAAGAGAGCACUUGAACUACUGGUACAGUCUGAAGGCUUACUAUCUGGCCAAGACUAUGGCGGACCUCCCCUUCCAGAUAGUGUUCCCAGUCGCCUACUGCAGCAUCGUCUACUGGAUGACGUCCCAGCCGCCUGACGCUGUGCGUUUCAUCCUUUUCUUGGCCCUGGGAGUCCUCACCUCUCUUGUGGCUCAGUCUCUGGGCCUGCUAAUAGGGGCGGCUUCCACCUCUCUACAGGUUGCCACGUUUGUAGGUCCGGUGACUGCCAUACCCGUACUGCUUUUCUCUGGCUUCUUCGUCAGUUUCGACACAAUUCCGUGGUAUCUUCAGUGGAUGUCAUACAUUUCAUAUGUCAGGUAUGGUUUUGAAGGUGUCAUCCUCUCGAUCUAUGGCCUGGACCGGGAGGACCUCCACUGCAACAAGGAUGAAACAUGCCAUUUCCAGAAGUCGGAGGCCAUCUUGAAAGAGCUUGACGUGGAAGAUGCCAAACUGUACCUUGACUUCAUAGUGCUCGGCAUGUUCUUUGUGAGCCUCCGCCUCCUCGCAUACUUUGUGCUGCGCUAUAAGAUCAGUGCAGAGAGGUAGACUGGAGAGUGGGGGUAGGAGGAAGAAGGCCUAGAUCGCUUGCAUGCUGGAAUACCGCUUCUGGAGACCUCCAGGCAGUGACCAGAAACACACCAUGCACACUGCAGAAAUGAUGGGUACACUAUGUGGCGGUGGCACGAAAGGGCUGGAUUUUGACACUUGACUGGCCAAUCAGAACAUUCUCCAUGGCUAAAUAUGUGGUUGCUUUACAGUCUUUUAUGUUUGCAUUGUCAUCAACGCCAAUUUGAAUGUCAGUCCGCUAUAGCCUAGUUUGUUAAAUAGCCUAUAGAAACAAACUAACUAAAUGUAGGCCUACCCAUCUUUCCUAAAUAUAUUGAACAUGUUGGCAGUCCACAUUGCUCUAUGUAAUUGCAUUGCUUCAAUAUGGAAAUAUAUUAUUAAACAUAGCAUUCACACUGAUAUGAGCUAGGCCUACUGUAAAUGUCAUUAUGGCUGAGCCAUGGACAUGCCAAACGUUGUCAAUAAGCAAGAUGUAAUUCACUAUUGAUGAGGCCUAAAAAGAGUGAAUCAUUCUAAUCAAAUUCUAAUCAAAAGAAAAAGUUGUUUUAAGUAGGCUAUGUCUACUUAAAUGUUUUGUAGUAAACAAGUGUUUCCAAUGACAUCAUCAACCAAUUAGUAGACCAUUAGUAGGCAAUGUUUACUCACAAUUGGUCAAAAUCACAUUAUGCACACCGAUGAUGUCAUUGGAAACACUUAUCUUCCUCUAUCUUUUUUUUUACAACAAAACAUAGAAACUCACCAUUUUCACAUGUUGAUGUUGGGGUGAUGAUGAAUAUGAAGUUGCAAAAAAUGUGGUGUUUCCCUUUAAGGGUAGACUACAGGAUGGCUUGGUUUGUAAUCAUAUGAAACGGAAAACAAGCAAUUGUUACAGGAAAAUAAGUUCUAAAGGGUCAUCAGCAUUAUCUCAUCUCUCCUUUCAUGAUGGGCAUAUGGACACAAGUAGCCUGCGUGGAGUUUUUUUUUAAUGCACGUCCAAAACGGGAGCUGGCUAAAAUUACAUACAUACAUACAUACAUACAUACAUACAUACAUACAUACAUACAUACAUACAUACAUACAUACAUACAUA